CUUCUCCUCAGAGGAAUUGUUUCUCUUCUCAUCAGCAUCCUCACCAUGAAGUUCCUCCAGUCCGUCACCAGUUUGCUGCUUGCUGGCUGCUCGCUGGCCUGUGCUGGCCCGACUCCCGGCCAUGCGGCCGUUCAGCCCAAGCACCCCCACAAGAUUGCGCCCAAGGUGUUUAUCAUCUCCAUGUUCGAACCCGAGGCUGAAGUCUGGUGGGGAAUUCCCGAGUUCAACCUCCUCGCGCACAACAUCACCGUCCCUGGCGCUUCGCCCCUUUUCCCCGAUGUCUACUGUACUGCCGAUUACAGUGUCUGCCAGCUCAUCACUGGCGAAGGCGAGAUCAAUGCUGCUGUCACUGUCAACGCCGUCGCUUUCUCUCCUCUGUUCGAUCUGCGUCACACCUACUUCUUCGUCGCUGGUAUUGCCGGUGUCAACCCCAAGAUGGCCACCACUGCGGGCGUCAUUUUUGCCCGCUACGCCGUCCAGGUUGCACUGCAGUAUGAGAUUGACAUCCGUGAACUGCCCAGAAACUACUCCACUGGAUACAUCCCCAUGGGAUCGACCUUCCCCGACCAGUACCCCCAGAACAUCUACGGUACGGAAGUGUUCGAAGUCAACGCCGACCUGCGCAGUCUCGCCGUCUCGUUCGCCAAAAAGGCCAAUCUGUCCGACACGGCCACGGCCAAGGCUUAUCGCGCCAACUAUGCCACUCAGGAUGGUGUUUUCAAGGCGGCUACCGAGGGCCCCUCCGUCGUGGAAUGCGACGUCGCUACUUCUGAUGUCUACUACAGCGGUCUGAUCCUGGGCGAUGCCUUUGACAACACCACCACCCUCCUCACCAACGGCACAGGCAAGUACUGCGCUAGCGCCCAAGAAGACAACGCUACUUUGGAAGCCCUCCUGCGCUCCUCCGCUCGCAACCUGACCGACUUCUCCCGUAUCAUCGUCAUGCGCACCGCCUCUGACUUUGACCGUCCCUACCCCGGUGUUUCUGCGAGCUACAACCUGUUCAACUCCGCCGAGCAGGACGGCUUUACGCCCGCCAUUCAGAACCUCUACGUUGCGGGUAUCCAGGUUGUUGAGGGAAUUCUGGCCGGAUGGAACUCGACCUUCGCUGCGGGCGUUAAGCCGCGCAACUAUGUGGGAGACAUCUUUGCGACCCUCGGUGGUACUCCUGACUUUGGACCCGGACGGGCCGAGGCCUUGGAGGGCGCUGGGGCGUUGAAGAAGCGGGGGAUGGAGAGAAAGAUGCACAGCCGUGCGAAGCGAUCUUAAUGUAUUAUUAUGUGUAGAUAGAUAUGCAUGAAUAAAUAGACAGCAUUGGAUAUGUUGAAUGUUACACUGGAUAUAGGCUAAUCUGCUAAAUGGAUGCCGAUCCCUGUUUGAUGCGGGGAAACAAUACUCAAUAAAUAGCAUCCCAUCAAUUCCUUC